AUGACAAUUCUUCUUCGUCGAUUAGUAUUAUCGAGUCGGCCUAUUGGUGUACGUCUUUAUGGAUCCAAAGUAGACAAAGUAGAGGCAGUUGUGUAUUCGUCGUACGGAGCGCCUUCUCAGGUCUUGAAGUGGCACUCGUACGGCCUGCCUGCCCUGACACGCGACACGGUGCACGUCAAGUUUCUGGCGUCACCAAUCAACCCUGCAGAUGUGAAUCAAAUUCAGGGAGCAUAUCCUAUCAAACCUCCGUUUGUGGCUCUAGGCAACGAAGACAACUUUUCUACUGAUGGUGGUGAUAAUGAUAAGGUUGUUAAGGCUGCAGUUGGAGGAAAUGAAGGUGUUGCAGAGGUAAUUGCUGUUGGUGAUGCGGUCAGUGGACUGAAAAAGGGAGACCGUGUGAUUAUGGCCAAGACCGGCCAUGGCACCUGGCGUACCUAUGCUGCCGGUCCACCCGAGGAUUUCCAGGUUGUGCCCAAUGCGACCAGUGUAUCUUUGAUCCAACAGGCUACCAUUUCUGUGAACCCGUGCACAGCUUAUCGUAUGCUCAAGGACUUUAUUCCUCCCCAACAAGGCAAGUGUGACUAUGUGAUUCAGAAUGGUGCCAAUAGUGCUGUGGGCCAAGCUGUUAUUCAGAUUGCAAAGGCGUGGGGAUUAAAGACGAUCAAUGUUGUUCGUAAUAGGUACAUAAUAGCAAUAAUAGCAAUUUUGCGCCAAGAGUUGACUGCACUGGGAGCUACUCACGUCAUCACUGACGAUCAGCUUGGAUCAUUUGAGACAAAAUCCCUAGUCAAGAGCUGGGUUGGUAAGAACAGGCUAUUGCUGGGACUAAACUGCGUGGGAGGCAAGAGUGCAACCGAAAUGGCACGCUACUUGAGUGCGAACGGAAAGCUUGUUACAUACGGUGCCAUGGCACGGGCUCCACUGACACUGCCUGCAUCGAUGUUGAUAUUUAAGAACAUCUCUUUUUACGGGUUCUGGGUGUCCAAGUGGGCAGAAACACACUCAAAGGAAGAGCGGUCGGAGAUGCUGGCAGAUCUUGUGCAGCUCAUGGCAGCUAAGCAGCUUAAAGAACCCCGCUGGACAGCUGUUGAGUGGAAUGAAAAGGCCGUAAAGGAAGCUGUUGAGAAUGGUAUACAAGGAUACGGUAAAGGAAAGCAGAUUGUCUUGUUUGACAAAGCACAAUAA